AUGCCCGUCGUUCACGUCGUGUCGUUCAAGUACAAGGAUUCGGUCUCGCCGGAGCAGAGGCGCGAGCUGUACGACGACUUCAACACCUUCCGUACAGCCUGCCUCUACUCGGAUGGCCAGCCCUACAUCCUCGACUUCAAGAGCUCCACCCACAACACCUCGCCCGAGAACGCGGGCAAGGGCUUCCACCACAUCUUCAUCUCCACUUUCCCUUCGCAGGAGCACGUCCGAUACUACCUCGAACAUGAUCCCGUCCAUCUCGCCUUUGUAGACAAGGUCAAACCUACGCUGGCUGACGCCUUUAUCUACGACUUUGAGAUCUGA